GCCUCGAGCGAGUCGGUCGUGUUGCCAGAACAAAACGUGGAUCUGUGUGUGACUGUGUGUGCUGUGUUUGUGUGUGUUUACCACGGUCCAUAGUUCCUCUGAAGUCGUCCAGUGCGACAUCUUAAAUCACAAAUAAUCGCGAUGUGUUUAUGAGAUCUACACCCGUGUGAGGCAGCGCGACGCGGCGAGGAUGUGGGCGCGGUACGUGUGCGCGGCGCUGCUGCUGCCGCUGGCGCUGAGUAGGCACGACGACGACUUCGCCUUCGACAACAACGAGGAGUUCCAGGUGGAGCUGACAGCGAACCACUCUGAGAUCGCGAAGAACGGCCUAACCCGGCUCUGGGGGGUUCCCGACACGUCGGCCUACGUCGGACACCUGUUCCGAAUGGAGAUACCCAAGGAGGCCUUCUCCGGAGAUGUUAUAGCUUAUAAGGUACGAACGGAGGACGGGCGGCCUAUGCCGUCGUGGUUGGCGGUGGACACGAAGCACGGGCUGGUGAGCGGUAUACCGCUGCGGCGGGACAUCGGUUCGCACACCUUCACGGUGGUGGCCCAUGCGAGGACGCACGGCCUCACCGCUACAGACUCGUUCACUAUCGAGGUGAAGAAGUCAGAAGACAAACCGCAGUCAAAGUACGGUUCCUGUCACCGCGAGAACCGUCUAGUGCUGGCCAUCCUCAUAGAUGCAGCCUUCCACCGCAUCAGCCCACGGCAGAGGAUACGAGCGCUCAUGGAGCUCGCCAAUUUCAUGGCGUUGGAUGGGGACGAGUUCUGGAUGGAGCCGUAUAAGGCGGAGUCGACGCGCGCGCACACCGCGCUCAUGAGCGGGCCCGGCGACGUCAAGCGGCGACGCGGACCCGCCACCACGGCGAUAUACCUCAACGUGGGUUGCGGCGAGAAGCUAUGGCCUCGUCACAAGGUGCUUGUCGGCGGUAUGAGGGAGCAGGCGCGAGACGGCACCAUACCGCAGCUGCUGCGGCUGCCGGUGCUGGGCUGGAGGCUGCUGGCUGUCAAACCCACGCCGCGGCCUAAGAGAAACUCUCCUGUCGACGUGAGCUCCGGCGACUACGACUUCUCAAAGGGCGAGGGGGAGGAGGGCGAUGAUGAUGACUACAGCGGCUUCGGUGACGAAGAUUACGAUGAAGACGACGACUACACCGGCCAGAUCGACGUCGGCGCGGCGCCUGAUAUGGAUCACAAAGUCAAGAUAACAGAGUACAGCGAGACUGCCUCGGAAGCCAGCAACGUCAAUUUCUCCAAGGAACCUCCACCCGUCAACCCAAGACUGCUGGAAGAGGAGUUCAGAAUCGCCACCAUCCCAGAAACGGCGGAAGUGCCCACAGAACCGGAAACUCAAACGGUUAUAAUACGCGCGUCGAACGAAGUGCCGACGAUGUCGUCGCCUAUUCCGUCGUCCGUCGAGACGGAGUCGACUGAGACGACGCCUUCGACGACUUCGUCUACUUCGACGACCACCUCGACGACGACGACGACGACGACAACAACAACAACAACGACGCCGCCGCCUCCGACGACACAGUCGACGUCGACAACCACAGAGCCGGCGAUAACGGUGCCGAAGACAUUACCAGUGAUCACGACGACGCCAGAACCGACGACCACGGAGGAAGUCACCAAACAGGAUGUGAACGAGAUAAUAACGUCAACGGAUCAGUCGAGCACCAUCGUCGGUCGCACGACAGAGACCGUCACCUUCCCCAUGCCCGUCAACCAGCCCCCGGUACUGAAGAAUCAUAUGAAGAAACUGGCUAUUAAGGCUGGGAAGGCUUUCAGAUACAUAAUCCCGGCGAACCUGUUCUGGGACCCGGAGGAGGGCGGCAACCUGACGUACCGCAUGUCGGAGCCCGACCGCGCGCCGCUGCCGCCCGACAGCUGGGUGCACUUCGACCCCGCGCACAGAGAGGUCUACGGCCUGCCACUAGAAUCGCACGUUUCUCGCUGGAACUUCAUAGUCGAAGCCCAAGACAGCGAAGGACUCGUGGCGAGCGGGCCCCUGGACAUCUGGGUGCAGCAGCACGAGAAGAUCAGGACCAUCAACCACCGCUUCACCCUGCAGUUCGAGCCCCUCAAGGAGUACCCACACGCCAUAGACUGGCAGAUCCGCGCUUUGGAGGGGAUCGUGAAUCUGUUCAGGGACACCGACAUGGAUCAUCUGACGGUGCUCAACGCGACGGUGGUCGGUGACACGUACGAGUUUGUGUGGUCUAAUGAUACCCUGCCUAAGGAUCCGGAAUGCCCCGUCGAAGAUAUUAAUAGGCUGAUGAAAAUAAUGGAGAGCUCCGAAGGCAGCGGUUUACCAUCCGAGGCGUUAUCGCGCGCCAUGUCGCCCGCGCUCGCAGUGCGGCGCGUGUCCGCGCGCGGCGUUGGCAACUGCGCGCGUCCCGACGCGUCCCCGCCCAACACGUACCCGCCCGUGUCGCGCAACCAGGUCGACCAUAUUACCGCGGUUGCUGGGAAACUGUUGGUGCAUAAGGUGCCAGAAGACACAUUCUACGACCCCGAGGACGGCGACACGCGGCGGCUGCAGCUGUCGCUCCGGUUCAGCGACCGCUCUCCGCUGCCGCCCACACACUGGCUGCAGUUCGACGCCCGCAACCAGGAGUUCUACGGCCUGCCCGCUGCUGCGGACGAGGGAAGCGUGCAUUACCAGCUGAUUGCCGAAGACUCGACCAAGAAAAGCGCUUACGACAGCCUCAUUGUGGAGGUUGCUAAAGCGCCGACGAUACGACCGACAGUCGAGUUCCAGAUGACAAUGGAUCCCUCGCCCAACCUCAUCAACAGUGCCGCCAACAAACGGAAGGUCGUCGAGAAGUUGGCAGCACUGUUCGGACAGAAAGACACAGACAAUAUUAGGAUACAGAGCAUCACUGAUAAUCCUACUACUAUUAUAUGGUACAACACCAGUCUGCCAAUGGACAGGUGUCCGAAACGAGAGAUCGAGGAGCUCAGACGAAUGAUCAUCGUCGACGACAGGGGCGCGGGGGGAGGGAAUCUCCGGGAACACGUCGACCAGAUAUUCGACAAAGACCUCAAGGUCAUGUCUAUCAGACUUAUACCUCUAGGACUAUGCGCUGAACAGAGCACUAAGACUGCCAAAGCCCCCCCUCCGCCUACAGCUAAUGUGCUCAACAAGGCAGGCAGUGGGGAGUACUCUGAUUAUCUCCUGACGUUCGUGAUACCGGCCAUAGUGAUUGUGUGCAUGAUACUAGUGGCGGGAGUCAUCGCCGCCAUCUUGUAUAGACGACGACGCACCGGUAAAAUGAGCGUCGGUGAUGAAGAGGAGAGACAAGCGUUCCGCUCGAAGGGCAUCCCCGUGAUAUUCCAAGACGAGCUGGAAGAGAGGGCGGAGCCCGAGCCCGCCGACAAGAGCCCCGUCAUCAUGCGAGAAGAGAAGCCGCCCCUGCUGCCCCCAGCGCCGGAUUACCGCCCCGACGCCCCCUACCGCCCCCCGCCCCCUUUCGCCGCCUCCCGCACGCCGCCCCGCCCCAAGGCCACGCCCACUUACAGAAAACCGCCCCCGUACGUGCCCCCAUAAGAGAGUAGAAACACAAAAUGGCGGAGCAGAGUUUUCGCAGCUAAUUAACAAAAUACGGGGGUAGUCCAAAAUAUUUUAGUUUAAAAUAAGGCCCACUUACAGAAAACCAACCCCGUACGUUUGUGGGGGAGCUGCAGCUAUUUUUAAAAAACUACCCUGACUGAGGGUAGUCCAAUAAUUCACUUUUAAAAUUUGCGGGGCAGACUUGCAGCUAAUUAACAAAACUACCACAAAUGAGGGUAGAAUAUUUUAGUUUUAUAUAAGUUUUGUUUACGUUAAAGAAUCCUAGUCGAGGCAACUUCACGGGCGUAUACAUAGCCGGAUGCAUUUAUUUCGAAGUAGAUAUAUGACCUCAUGUAUGGAAUUGCACGAUUGUUCCGUGUAAGGUAGGUUAUGGUUUGUGGAAAUAAAGACUUGAGGUGUUCGGUAGCGACCGCGACUCGCGAGUGAUUGUCGCGCGACUUACCCCUAAUGAAACCCCGCAGUCGCUUGUCGCGGUCGCUAUCAACCGAAUUCUACCUUUACGGUGAAUAUUAUUAGUGUUAGAUGGAGUAGAUGUUAUAGCCUCGAGUUAUGGUCAUGUCCUAUAUACGAAUUCUUUAUAAUGUACUAAUAAAAUUAUAUUUCGCGUCAAUAGAAUGGCCUACAGGUCGUUGAACCUAUCUGUACCGAGAAAUUUGUAGUAUAAAUCGGCUUCUACUACGAUACGUUAUUAUUUUAGUACCCAGUUUGUUGAUUAUGGUCAACGACCUUUAGUUCAGGCACCCUAAGGUUACGAAGCGUACGCACCCUAUACUAUCAGAGACCAAACUAAUUGAAUUAAAUUGGCUGAUGUAGCACACAAAUUGUUAUAUAAAUGUAAUUAACAUAUCGAAAACUUUAGCCUUUAGUAUAGUUCUUCCAGACACAAAUAUUUAAAUAGAAUGUGUGUGUAUUCAAAUGUUAUAUGAAAUGUUAUGGAUGUGGUGACUAAUAGCACUUCACUAAACGCUAUUUAGGAGACGAGUGAGUAGGUAAAACACUCGAUAACGAUUAACGACACUAAUGGCCGUUCCCAAUAUUUGAUCUAUCUCUGGUUUUGCCCUACUAGAGAUA